AUGCAUCAUUUCCGGGAGUUUCCACUAUUCUGUUCCCCACUCAAGAUCCUUCGCGACGUUUACCUCUACUUUCGCUCGCUUCCCAAUGGAUCUACAAAGUCCCGAACUCUUCGACAAGCCCUCAAGCUACUCGUGCUUGUUCAUAUCGGUGGCGACAUUUCCGUGCCAUCGCCAAACACGCAUCCUAUCCUGCAUCAAUUCGCCCAAGGAACAGCAGACAUCGCCGACGACUACACACUGACGCCCUGUUACAUUCGCUCUCAAUUCGGCAGCGUCAUGCCCGACCUAGCCUUCAACAUGAUGAAAGAAGUGCUCUCAUCUCUCGAGCAACUCCUCCUCAACCGCGACUGCGAAGACUGGCCCAUGACUCUCGCAGUCAUCAUCACCGUCCUUAUGACCAUCGAGUCAAUCCACUACCACGCUGCCAAACUCCCGUAUCACAGCAGUCUCGAUGGACCCAGACCGCUUACGCUCGACGAGGGCGCGGGCAUCAAUGAAGAAGGGGUUAAGACGCUUCUCGCUUUUUAUACAGCGUGUUUCGCGGGCUGCCAUGCGAGGCUUAGACCAGAUUGGGAAGGCGAGUCUAUGACAUCGCAGAGCGCUUCAUCGCCGGAUGAUGUUUUUGUGCAGAGUGUGCGGAAGAGCAUUGGGAGGGCGAGUGUGGAUGGAUAUUUGUCGCGGAAAGCUACGCAGGCGAGGCAGGGCGAUGACAUGGAGUUUUUCUUCGAUCGACUUGUUGCGAGGUUGCUCUUGUCGAAGCCUUGA